UUGUAGACGGCGAUCAUCCCGCUGGCGGUGAGGUGGGAUUGAAGGAUCUGACCUGCAGCAGGUCCGUAGACGAGACCUCCCGUUCCAAGCGCCAGGAUUGCGACGUGGGUGGACUAUCCUCUUGGGAUAGCCGACUGCAGAUGGGUCGGAGAUGAACGGCUGGCGGGACAGAAAGGCAGAAAGUUUGGCGUGGAGAACAAUAAGGAGGGGUGGACAGGGCCGCCGCUCUUUUGUGAUGAGUAUUGUUAGAACGGGUGGCCAGAGCGCAGCGGGAACGCGCAGCCUGUGUCCGCACGGUGCGUGUGUCGCGGUGCGCGCUGCUGGGUGCAGUGCCGGCGAUGGCGAGUUUGGCGAGCGGGAGGGGGUAUAGGAGCGGGCGAUGUUCGGGGAAGGAGCCAUGGGUGAGAGGGAGCUUAUUGUCUUUCAGAGGCGGGCUCUGGUGAGACGAGUUGCCUCUAUCGGGAUAGCGCGUUCCAAUCUGCGAAAUCUAAUCAGCCUUCUUUCAAUGUAUCCUUUGCAGCUGUCCUCGUCCUCUCUCAGGCCACGACGCUUGUUCCUCCUCGCAGCCCACUCACUCACACGGACGACGCAGCACAUGGCGCAUAGCGACCAAGCCGCCCUCACCGGCCACUUCCGAUGCAGCUCUCCCAGAUCGGAGAAAUGCGUGUGUUCUCGUGAGCAUCAUAUGUCGCCCUGCGCGCAUAUGCUUCUCCGAACAGAUGCCCCUCCUUCCGCCUCCGCGCCGGACCCGCGCUGCGAGAGCCUCGUGUUAUCGCCCGCACCCCAGUGGUGGGCAAAGCCCCCCCCCCCCUUCCUCUCGCGCGAGCUGUCACGUCCAUAUGGAUACUGCUCACUGGCGUGUCCCCAGACUACUCGGCGUGUCGGUUCUCGGAGGACCGUGGCGUCUGCAUCUGACGCGGGGCACGGAAGACGACGGAAGCGACGGCUGUUCGCGAGCUCAGCGCAGUUCCCUUCUCGCGCGUACCCGGCGUACACGGACUCACGACGCUACCAAACUCUCCGCGCGCGCAACCCAUCCAUCGCCCACAGCCCAACUAAAAUCUUCUGAAAAGAUUUCGCGGUGUAGCGGUGGGACCGCAAAAUACCUCGCUUCGUGACGGUCUCGCGUCGCUGUAAUCUAAUCAACUACCGGACACCUUCUAGCGCCAACUAUGUAUAGCCCCGGGGUACUAGCGAUUAUCGCAUCAC